AUAAAAUUCCACAUUUUGCUGCUAAAGAAUAAUUUUUAGUAAUGUAAGUUUUUUUAAUUUUAUCAUUUUUGGAAAACUCCAGUGCACCCUCAAAAUCAGCUGCAUUCAUUCGUAAAGGCAUGAUUCGUUUUAUUUUAAUCCAGAAUAGAGCUGGCAAAACAAGGUUAGCAAAAUGGUUUAUGAAUUUUGAUGAUGAUGAAAAGCAAAAGCUAAUUGAAGAAGUUCAUGCUGUGGUCACAGUGCGUGAUGCCAAACAUACAAAUUUUGUGGAAUUUCGAAAUUUUAAAAUUGUAUAUAGAAGAUAUGCAGGAUUAUAUUUUUGUAUAUGUGUUGAUAUAACUGAUAAUAGUUUAUUCUACCUUGAAGCUAUACAUAAUUUUGUGGAAGUUCUCAAUGAGUAUUUUCACAAUGUUUGUGAACUAGAUCUUGUAUUUAAUUUUUAUAAAGUCUAUACUGUUGUUGAUGAAAUGUUUAUGGCUGGUGAAAUAAGAGAGACCAGCCAAACAAAAGUAUUAAAACAACUAUUGAUGCUUAAUUCAUUGGAAUGAAAUUUAAAUAAAUUAAUCAUAUUUUAUUAUUUUACACAAAUAUAUUUCCUGGCCUACAUUCAAAAUUAUAUUUAUAUUUAUCAUGUUUUGAUAACUAACUUUUAAAUUAAUUUUUGUAAAUGGUUUUAUUCAGUGGAUUUUAUAUAUUUAAAAAAUUUGAAGCUAUUGCAAA